GUGAGAGAAGGAGCCCGCUCGGGGGCGCAGGCCCCGCUGCCGCGGCGGCCCCCCCUAUGGUGCGCCCCGAGGAUGGCGAAGAGACCGCGCAGUGAGGAAGAUGAUGACCUACAGUAUGUGGAUCAUGACUAUGAAGUACCACAGCAAAAAGGACUGAAGAAGAUAUGUAACAGGGCAAAAUGGACACGUGAUGAGGAUGAGAGGCUAAAGAAGCUGGUGGAACAAAAUGGUACAGAUGAUUGGGCUUUCAUUGCUAGUCAUCUACAAAAUCGUUCAGAUUUUCAAUGCCAACAUCGAUGGCAGAAGGUACUGAAUCCAGAAUUGAUUAAAGGUCCCUGGACUAAAGAAGAAGAUCAGAGGGUGAUUGAAUUAGUUCAGAAGUAUGGUCCAAAGCGCUGGUCCUUAAUUGCAAAACAUUUAAAAGGAAGAAUAGGCAAACAAUGCAGAGAGAGAUGGCACAACCAUCUCAAUCCAGAGGUCAAAAAGUCUUCAUGGACAGAAGAGGAGGAUAGAAUAAUCUAUGAAGCUCACAAGCGUUUGGGAAACCGAUGGGCUGAAAUAGCAAAACUUCUUCCUGGAAGGACUGAUAAUUCGAUUAAAAAUCACUGGAAUUCAACAAUGCGAAGAAAGGUGGAACAGGAAGGAUAUUUACAAGAUGGUGUAAAGUCUGAAAGAGCUAGUUCAUCUGAACUUCAGCCCCAACCUUCUCUGACUAUGGAACACUUGCAGUCUCAGAAUCAAUUUUACAUACCUGUUCAGACACAUAUUCCAGCAUACCAGUAUGCCUCACCAGAAGGCAGCUGUCUGGAACAUGUUUCAGCUUCUUCUAACUUGGUUCAGCAGUCAUUUGUUGAUGAUGAUCCUGAUAAAGAGAAGAAAAUAAAGGAACUUGAAUUGCUACUUAUGUCAGCAGAGAAUGAAAUCAGAAGAACACGAGUGUCUUGUCAACCUGAAAACAUACCUUGUUGGUCUGGAAAUUAUGUCACAGAAGACUGUGUGUCUAAUACACUAAAUAGCCUUGAGGAGCAAACAAGUGAGUUCUACAGCAUGGAUGAGACCCACUGCACAUCUGUUCAGCCCAGUUCACCACCAAAGUAUUUGGCUGUGGAAGCAAAUACAAUGUUAACAUCUCUACAGACAAUUCCAGAAUUUGCAGAGACACUGGAGCUUAUCGAAUCUGAUCCUGUAGCAUGGAGUGAUGUCACCAGUUUUGAGCUUUCAGAGGCUGUUACCUCUCCUGUCAAGCCAGCUCCCGUAAAACUAAUGCGGAUCCAACACAAUGAAGGGGCUGCUGAGUGCCAGUAUAAUGUCAGUGUUGUGCUUGAUGGCAAAAAACACAGUAGCAUCAAUGGUGAGGAAGAAGCAGUCUUUCCAACAACUCCAAACUUGACUAAAUUCAGUACUCCACCUACCAUCCUAAGGAAGAAAAAGAGAUUGCGUGUUGGGCAGUCACCAGUUAAUGAACUGAAUGAUGGCUUGUGUAAUGAUGCCAUCAAUGUUGCACUAAAGCAUACACCAGUGAAAACACUACCAUUUUCUCCAUCACAGUUUUUCAACACUUGCUCUGGAAAUGAACAAUUCAACCUUGAAAAUCCUGCUUUUACAUCAACUCCAAUCUGUGGGCAGAAAGUUCUUCUUACGACUCCUCUACACAAAGAAAUUACACCAAAGGAUCAAAAGGAAAAUGUGGGUUUCAGAACUCCCACAAUUAGAAGAUCUCUCUUGGGUUCAACACCAAGGACACCAACUCCUUUUAAAAAUGCUUUGGCUGCUCAGGAAAAAAAGUAUGGUCCCCUCAAACUUACGUCACAACCACUUGCCUUCUUGGAGGAAGACAUUAGAGAAGUUUUGAAAGAGGAAACUGGAACAGAUAUAUUUCUCAAGGAGGAAGAUGACACUGUGUAUAAAAGCUGCAAGCAGGAGCACAACUCUUCUAAAAAAGUCAGAAAAUCACUGGUCCUAGAUCCAUGGGAUAAAGAAGAUGUUGGUGCCCAGCUCUUCACAGAAGAAAAUAGUUUAGAUGUACAGUCAGAAAAUGCAUAUACCACGUCUUUAUUAAUGAUACCCUUGUUGGAAAUACAUGACAACAGAUGUAACCUGACAGCAGAAAACCAGGAUACAAAUCCAGCAAACAAAGCAAAUGCAGUAAUUAAGAAGAAACCGAAUGCAUGUGCUUCAAAAAAUGUCAAAAUGGAGAAAGCUCUUCAGUCAAACUGUGAAUGGGAAGCAGUUGUUUACGGAAAAACAGAGGACCAGCUCAUCAUGACAGAACAAGCAAGAAGAUAUCUGAGCACAUACACAGCUCCCAGCAGCACUUCAAGGGCUCUGAUACUGUGA